AUGGUUGCUUUCACUGUUGACCAAAUCCGUUCCUUGAUGGACAAGGUUACGAACGUGCGUAACAUGUCCGUGAUUGCGCACGUCGACCACGGUAAGUCGACGCUUACCGACUCUUUGGUCCAGAGAGCCGGUAUCAUUUCUGCAGCCAAGGCUGGUGAGGCUCGUUUCACCGACACCAGAAAGGAUGAGCAAGAGAGAGGUAUCACUAUCAAGUCCACCGCCAUUUCUCUGUUCUCCGAAAUGUCUGAGGAGGACGUUAAGGACAUCAAGCAGAAGACCGAGGGUAACUCUUUCCUAAUCAAUUUGAUCGACUCGCCAGGUCACGUUGACUUCUCUUCUGAGGUUACCGCCGCUCUACGUGUCACUGACGGUGCUCUAGUGGUGGUUGACACUGUCGAGGGUGUGUGUGUGCAGACCGAGACUGUGCUAAGACAGGCUCUAGGUGAGAGAAUCAAGCCUGUUGUUGUCAUUAACAAGGUCGACAGAGCGCUAUUGGAGCUUCAGGUGUCCAAGGAGGACCUUUACCAGUCUUUCUCCAGAACCGUCGAGUCCGUGAACGUCAUUAUCUCCACUUACGCCGAUGAGGUGUUGGGCGAUGUCCAGGUCUACCCACAGAAGGGUACUGUGGCCUUCGGUUCCGGUCUACACGGCUGGGCCUUCACCAUCCGUCAGUUCGCCAACAGAUACUCCAAGAAGUUUGGUGUCGACAGAGAAAAGAUGAUGGAGAGAUUGUGGGGUGACUCUUACUUCAACCCAAAGACCAAGAAGUGGACCAACAAGGACAGAGACGCUGACGGCAAGCCAUUGGAGAGAGCUUUCAACAUGUUCGUGUUGGACCCUAUCUUCAGACUAUUCGCUGCUAUCAUGAACUUCAAGAAGGAUGAGAUUCCAGUCUUGUUGGAGAAGCUAGAAAUUGCUCUAAAGUCCGACGAGAGAGACCUAGAGGGCAAGGCCUUGUUGAAGGUUGUCAUGAGAAAGUUCUUGCCAGCUGCCGAUGCGUUGUUGGAAAUGAUCAUCAUGCACUUGCCAUCUCCAGUCACUGCCCAGAACUACAGAGCUGAGCAGCUAUACGAGGGUCCAAGCGACGACCCAGCCUGUAUCGCCAUCAAGAACUGUGAUCCAAAGGCUGACUUGAUGUUGUACGUUUCCAAGAUGGUGCCAACCUCCGACAAGGGUAGAUUCUACGCUUUCGGUAGAGUCUUCUCCGGUACCGUGAAGUCUGGCCAGAAGGUCAGAAUUCAGGGUCCAAGCUUCACCGUCGGUAAGAAGGAGGACUUGUUCAUCAAGGCUAUCCAGAGAGCCGUUUUGAUGAUGGGUAGAUUCGUCGAGCCAAUUGACGACUGUCCAGCUGGUAACAUUGUUGGUCUAGUCGGUAUUGACCAGUUCUUGUUGAAGACCGGUACCUUGACCACUUUCGAGUCCGCUCACAACAUGAAGGUCAUGAAGUUCUCCGUCUCUCCCGUCGUCCAGGUUGCCGUCGAGGUUAAGAACGCCAACGACUUGCCAAAGUUGGUGGAGGGUCUAAAGAGAUUGUCCAAGUCCGACCCAUGUGUCUUGACUUACAUGUCUGAGUCCGGUGAGCACAUUGUCGCCGGUACCGGUGAGUUGCACUUGGAAAUCUGUUUGCAGGACUUGGAGAACGAUCACGCUGGUAUUCCGUUGAAGAUCUCUCCUCCUGUCGUUGCAUACAGAGAGACUGUUGAGGGUGAGUCUUCCCAGGUUGCGUUGUCCAAGUCUCCAAACAAGCACAACAGAAUCUACUUGAAGGCCCAGCCAAUUGACGAGGAGGUUUCCUUGGCUAUUGAGGGCGGUAAGAUCAACCCAAGAGACGACUUCAAGGCCAGAGCUAGAGUGAUGGCUGACGAAUACGGCUGGGACGUCACCGACGCCAGAAAGAUCUGGUGUUUCGGCCCAGACGGUAACGGUCCAAACUUGGUUGUUGACCAGACCAAGGCCGUCCAGUACUUGAACGAAAUCAAGGACUCCGUCGUUUCCGCCUUCCAGUGGGCUACCAAGGAGGGUCCAAUCUUCGGUGAGCAGAUGAGAUCCGUCAGAAUCAACUUGCUAGAUGUUACCCUGCACGCAGACGCCAUCCACAGAGGUGCUGGUCAAAUCAUGCCAACCAUGAGAAGAGCUACUUACGCCGGUUUCUUGUUGGCUGAGCCAAAGAUCCAGGAGCCUGUUUUCUUGGUCGAGAUCCAAUGUCCAGAGCAAGCUGUUGGUGGUAUCUACUCCGUCUUGAACAGAAAGAGAGGUCAGGUCGUCUCCGAGGAGCAAAGACCAGGUACUCCAUUGUUCACUGUCAAGGCUUACUUGCCAGUUAACGAGUCCUUCGGUUUCACUGGUGAGUUGAGACAGGCUACCGGUGGUCAGGCUUUCCCACAGAUGGUGUUCGACCACUGGGCUACCUUGGGUACUGACCCAUUGGACCCAACCACCAAGGCCGGUGAGAUCGUUGUCGAGGCUAGAAAGAGACACGGUCUAAAGGAGAAUGUUCCAGGCUGGCAAGAGUACUACGACAAGUUGUAA